GCCGCCUCCAUCAAAAUCUGCAUGCCAAUCAUCCAUCUCCUUCCCCUUCUUCAAUCAUUCCGCUCCACCACCCACCUGAAACAAGCGCACGCCCGUCUCGUCAAGCUCGACCCCUUCCCUUUCGACGGCCGCGCUGCCGCUCAUCUUUUCUCUGUCUACUUCCGGUCACCUUACCUCGAUCUCUCCUAUGCCUAUAACAUCCUCGCCGCCCUCCACUGCCCAGCCCCCUUUCACUGGAACUCUCUCAUCCACUCCAUCUCAGCCAGCAAAUCCCCCGCUCAAGCCCUCUCCCUCUUCCGCUCCAUGCUUCACCGAGGCCUCAAGCCCAACAACCACACAUUCCCAUGUCUCCUCAAGUCCUGCCCUUCCCUCCUCCAUCUCGCAAUGAUCCAUGCCCAUGUCGUCCAGGCUGGCCUCGACGCCGACCCCUACAUACAAAGCGCUCUCAUUCACAUGUACUCUGCCAAGGAUCUGAUCGCGGCCCGCCGGGUGUUCAACGCCUGCUCGAAGGCGCAGACUUUCUGCUGGAACGCCAUGAUCGAUGGGUUCAUCAAGAACGGAGAGCUAGACCUCGCACGUGCGGUAUUCGACCGCAUGGAAUCCCGGGACGUAAUUUCUUGGAACACAAUGAUAAAUGGCUACGCCAUUCUUGGUUAUUUGGAUCAAGCAAAGCAGCUGUUUGCUGAAAUGCCACAAAGAAACGUCGUGUCCUGGAACUGCUUGCUUGCAGGGUAUGCUAAAUGUGGGGAAGUUGAUGGUGCUCGCAGGACCUUUGAAGAAAUGCCGAGCCGUGAUGUGAUCUCAUGGAAUGCAAUGCUCUCUUGCUAUUCGCAGAAUGGGCAUUCAGUGGAAGCCUUAGUCUUGUUCAAUCAAAUGCAAUGUGCCGGUUUAAAACCAACUGAAGCCACCCUUGUGAGCUUGUUAUCUGCUUGCUCUCACAUUGGGGCGUUGGCUCAAGGCGAGCGCAUCCAUGCAUUCAUUAAAAACAAUGGGGUUGAGCUCGACACCAUCCUCAGCACCGCGCUAGUUGACAUGUACGCCAAGUGCGGUAGAAUAGCAGAAGCAUCCAAAAUUUUUCAUUCUAUCAAACAUAAAGAUGUUCUUGCUUGGAAUUCCAUCAUUUCAGGCUUAGCAAUCCAUGGGCUUGUUGAAGAAGCUCUUAGCCUCUUCGACGAGAUGGUGAAAAGCUUUGCCAGACCAGAUGACAUUACAUUUGUAGCUGUGCUCAGCGCUUGCAGCCAUGCGGGAAUGGUGGAAGAAGGCCGUCGGCUACUCACUAGCAUGAAGGGAUGUUAUGGAGUUGAUCCAAAGGUUGAGCAUUAUGGAUGCAUCAUCGAUAUGUUGGCUCGUGCUGGAUUGUUAGAGGAAGCUAUGGAGUUAACUCGAGUAAUGCCGAUGCAACCCAAUGCGCAGGCAUGGGGAGCAUUGCUUGGUGGUUGCAGGAUCCACCACAAUAGCGAUGUAGCUGAGGAAGUGGGAAAGCAGCUUCUAGACCUUCAACCAAAGCACAGUGGCAGAUACAUCCUCCUCUCCAAUAUCUAUGCCACAGCAAAUAGAUGGGAGGAAGCCAAGACGCUGAGAAACAUGAUGGCUGACCAGAGGGUUGCGAAGAAUCCAGGAAUGAGUAUAAUAGAGCUCGAAGGUAUCAUGAAUCAAUUCAUGGCUGGGGACCGAUCUCACCCUCAAACAGAGGACAUCUACAAGAAACUCUCUGAGAUUUCAGAACGUUUGAGAGCUGAAACAGAAUACUUACCGGACACGAAGCAGGUUUUGGUGGACAUAGAGGAGGAGGAGAAGGAGCAAAUUCUCUCUGUUCACAGCGAGAAAUUGGCCAUUGCAUUUGGUCUGCUUCAUACAAGUCCUGGAGACGCCAUUAGAGUUGUUAAGAACCUUCGAGUUUGUAUAGAUUGUCACACUGUGUCAAAGCUCAUCUCAAGACUUUAUAGUAGAGAGAUUGUAAUGAGGGAUCGGAGCAGAUUUCAUCUGUUCAGGGAAGGUGCCUGCUCUUGUAGGGACUAUUGGUGAACAGAUUUAUUUUACUUUUAGCU